AUGGACAAAGGAAAUGGUUCUGCCUUUACUGAAUUCACUUCAGGGGUGACAGACAAUCCCAAAAUGCAGCUUGUUCUUUUUACAGUCUUCCUUUUUAUUUAUAUCAUCACUGUAUUAGGGAAUGUGGGGAUGAUCUCUGCUGAUUUGCAUAAAACCCCACUUCACAAACCCAUGUAUUACUUCCUGGGCAACCUCUCCUUUGUUGAUCUCUGCUGCGCUUCAACCAUUGCUCCUAAAAUGCUGAUUGACUUAUUAAAUGAAAGUAAAAGGAUUUCUUACAAUGGCUGUGUUACGCAGCUCUUUGCAUUUGACAUCCUUGCAGAUGCAGAAUGCCUUCUGUUGGCUGUGAUGGCCUAUGACAGAUAUGUGGCCAUCUGCAAUCCACUCCUCUAUCCAACUGUAAUGUCCAAAAAGGCCUGCCAGCAAAUGAUCUCAAUUGUGUACAUUACAGUCCUGCUAGAUUCAAUGAUACAAACUUCCUGUACAUUCCAACUAUCUUUUUGUAGCUCCAAUGUUAUCAAUCACUUCUUCUGUGAUGAGCCUCCACUUCUAACGCUCUCCUGUUCCGACACAUACAUUACUGAGAUUGUGCUAUUACUAUUUGGCUUCGGUGAAGCAGGCAGCGUUGGAAUGAUUCUUGUAUCAUAUGUUUACAUUUUGACUACUAUCUUGAGAAUGCGCUCCGCUGAAGGUAGGCAUAAAGCAUUUUCCACUUGUGCUUCCCACUUGACAACUGUUGGGAUAUAUCACGGGACAAUACUCUUCAUGUACUUCCGACCAAAUUCUAGUUACUCCAUGGACCAAGACAAAUGGGCCUCUAUGUUCUACACGGUUGUGAUCCCCAUGCUCAAUCCUUUGAUCUACAGCCUGAGGAAUAAAGAAGUGAAAGAUGCUCUGCCAAAAUCUCUUGGCUGUAUAUGGAUUUGUAUUGGGGGUAAAAUUGUUUUACAAUAA